AUGGCGAGAGAGACGUCUGGUGACGAUAGGGCGAGAGAAAGGGUGAGCCGGCGAGAGAGAAAAAGAAGAGUGAAGGAGAAAGAGGAAAUUGGGGAAAGAGGGGGAAAUUAUGUUAAGGGCCCCACCACGCCGCUGUCCUGGAGCGGCGCGACCUCCCUCAGCGGCGGAUCUGGCGGCGCCGGCGACGAGGGCUCCAGCACGCCGGCCGUCCUUAAACCGCCGAGAUCUAAGUCACCGUCUUUUCAGUUGACAGUUUCUAACCCGGAGUCUACUCCGGGGACACAAAAGGAGGAAACCGAAAAAGAGAACAACGUUUGA